CCAAAAACGUCACAUUUUUCACAUUUCGCGUCAUUUUUAAUAAAGUAGAAAAAUAAAUAAGCAAAUACAUAAAUAACUUAUUUCUUCAACAGUGGUUGCAUAGAACUUAACCUGCUCAAGUGCCAUAUAAUUAAUGAGUUAUUGCUCAACAUGGCAUAUACCGAAAAAGUGUCACUGAGCGGCACUGCAUUAUCCUUUUUGUUAUACGAAUGUGUAAAUUCAGUAAAUUGCCAGGAGGGAUUUCUGGUUGGGGACGUGACUUCUGAAAUAACUAAUCACAUAUCUGACUCACAAAGCGAUAAUGCCCGGUUGGACACUCAAAUAGUCAUAAGAACUGUCCUGCCUCUACCCUCGGUGUCCUUGUUUUACCUCCCAACCGGUAGAAUAAAGGAGGAUGUACUAUCAAACUUACUUUCAAACACCGCAAAUGAGAUUGUUGGUUGGUACAAAUACCGAAAGAAUAGUUCGGUUAAACCUACGUUUAGAGAUAGAUUAAUAUCCAAGGGACUGCAAAAGUAUUUUGAAAAGCAUCAUGGAAGAAAAAACUUUGCCACCUGCAUAUUAUCCAGCAAAACUUCAUCUUCUGCAUCAACACACACAUUUACCUACAGAUUUGGUAAAAUCAAUUGCUUUGACAUUUAUGAAUACAUCGAGGAUGUGACAGCAAAUCUGGGGGAGAGGUUGACGGGCUACAAGAAGCCCCACAGGUUGUCACCGCAUAGCAUUUUCAAUAAAAUUGUAAAGGACAGCAAUGUGCAAAGUAGCAGCACAACAGAAGCAAUUCUAAGGAUACAGGAGGCAGUAGAUGUCCGGCUUCUUAGGGAGGCUCGAUUAGCAGCUAAGAAUGAAUGCACAAUCAGAGAGCUAGAAGCUGAAAUUAAACAAAUGAAUGCUAUUCUGUCUGACAAGCAAUGUGAAGACCUGCAAGUGAGCUAUAAUAAAAGUUUAGAGGAGAAGUUCAUGAACAGAGAGAGAGAGAUGGCUGAAGCAUGUGUGCAAGCACUGGCUACACCUUCACGGGUGGACAUUUUGAGUGUCCCAAAUGUUCUGCUCCAUAGUAACAACCUGACUGAGUGUGACAACCCUCCUCCAUCUAGCAAUGAGGCUGAGAGAAGUUCCAGCCCUAUACUAAUAUCAAGUUCAGUGAAACAGCCCAAGUUAAGUUAUGCAGCUGCUUCGAAGACAAGCACACAGCCAUCAACAAGUAAAUCAAACAACCACAUUGAAGACCUGAUAAGUUUUGAUGUGGAUGAUAACAAAGUAAACAACACGAAAACCAUCGUCAUCAAUGAUGAUAUGAAACAUUUAGGUGAAAGUUCCCCAGAGUGGUAGAUGGUCUGAUGAGUGUUGUGGCAGUCAUCGGAAAGUCUUGCCAACGACACCAACGACGGCUACAGCCACAGCCGACAGCUUCGCCAAUGCAAUAGGGACUUAUGCGGGACUCCAUAAAGUUCAAUUCGCUUAAAUAAUCGUGAUUGCCUGGCGUCCAGACCACGGCAUAUUACUUCGUCGUCUGGUGUUCAAAAAAAUUAAUUAUCAAUUCUCUUAGUGUCAGUAUUUGGGACACACAGAUAAAGUACUCUUAGUUAUUUGAAAUAUUACUUGUUCCAUUGUUUCAUGAUUUGUUAAUUCUGUUCGUAAAUACAAAACAAAUCUUCUCAUUACAUUGAUGUUGAAAGUUGUUACUUAGAAUCUAAUGAUCGUUUUUACAUAUUUCGUGUACAUAUCUUAGUUAUUGCUGUUACGGCCGUUAAAAUAUAUCUGCUUUUACAUUUAAUGCGCUCGCAAACUCAUACUCGCUACGUAGUUAUAAGACUUAUUUUCUUCUUUGAACUACAUAAUUAUAUUCAAAUUUUAUUUUGAAGCAAAGGCCAGUUUGCAAAAUACCAUCACUCAACACCAUGAUUUGCAAAUUCUUAUUUGAGCACUUAAACCAAUGAGCCGUAGGGCAAUAAAGAUAAAGCGAGAAAGCUGCAUCGCAUCGCUAGAGGCCGCAAGUGCCAGGGAGAUGGCCAGCUUAAUGAUUAUGAGUUUAUGACUCUGUACGUUGAUUUUGGCCCCACAAUAGUUAUCUGUGAUGUUCAUCAUCAUCAUUUUAGCCUUCUAUCGCCCGCUGCUGGGCAUAGGCCUCUUCGCGUCGCCACUUACGGUACUGAGCCAGUCUCAUCCAGAAUGUUAACGUAGAAUAUAUUUUUAUUUAGAGACGUCUAAAAAAGUAAUUUAAGGGAGACUUAUUUUAUCAUUAUGGACCUGUCAGUUUAACCUAACCCAUAAUGAUACCACGUGUUAAGAAUGUAUUUCCACUAUUAUAUAUCACAAUGCUAUUCAUAUAGCUAUUAAGAAUACAAGAUUAUUCAUAUUUAAGUUUAAGUUUGUUUACUUAAUUUGAUUACCAUUAGCUAUUAUACCACUAGUAUUUAAUUAUCGAUAUAUAGUUGAACAUGUACAAGAUAUUUUUGUAAUUAUUUGUUUAUGAAACUCUAAACUUAUGUUUUAUUUCAACUAUUGUUAAUUUUCUCUUCGCUCAAUUAUAAUGAAACAAGAAAUUAAUAUGAA